CAAAAAAUCGAAAUUCACAAUUCAUUUGAAAUCAAUUUUUGCUCCGAGAAGUCGUUUCGCACGUGCAGGGAUCCUAUUUUCCCAAAAAAAAAACAGCAUUUAAUAAAUAAAAUAUUUAGACUUAGCUACCUCAUUCCGAGUUCAAAACAAAAAACACCAUGAGUUCAAUCAAGAAACUAAUCCCCAUGCUAGAUCGCAUCCUCAUCAAACGUGCAGAGGCAAUUUCAACGACAAAGGGUGGAAUUCUGAUCCCUGAAAAAUCCCAAGCGAAAACCUUGGAGGGUUUGGUUAUUGCUGUUGGGCCUGGCGCCAGGAACACAAAUGGACAACACGUUUCAAUGGCCAUCAAGGAGGGAGACAAAGUUUUGCUGCCCGAGUUCGGAGGCACCAAGAUUGAACUUGAUGAUAAGAAAGAGUACAUUCUUUUCAGAGAGUCAGACAUUCUUGCUAAAAUCGAAUAAGUCCAGCUUCAUCAACUAUUAAGAGCAUGUUAACAUUCUGGCAAUUACUGCCAUUCUGUCGGAAUCCUGUCAUUUAAAAUUGUUAUGUUUUAGUUAACAAAAAAUAUAAAAAAAUCAUACAAGAA